AUGAUCAAUAGGAUUCAAGAAGUUGUGGCAAUUGCAAAUAGUCCUACCACAGAUGCGGUUACUAAGAAACAGGCAUUAGAUUUUUUAACACAGAUUAAAUCGGAACCCAAUGCAGUCCAAGUAUUUGCACCUUUACUUAGCGAUUCGCAAUCUGAUGAUGUUACUAAGUUUGUUGCAUUACAAGUGUUAGCAGAUUUGGCUCAGCAGCAGACAAGUGAUUUACAAUUUAUUAGAACUACAGCUGUGGAAUUACUACGACACAAAGUGGUUAACGGAAUUCGAGAUCCAGAAUACGUCAAAAAUAAAAUUGCGGAAGUAUUGACAAACUUGUUCUACUCCAUGUAUGGUGAAAUCAAUGGCAAUCAGUGGUCAACUUUUUUCACAGACAUGGUCGAAAUACUAUCUAUAAGACAGUUGUGCAACGACUCUACAAAGGAAUUUAUACCAUUGGGACUUGAUUAUUUCUUAAGAAUUUGUCUUGCCGUCAAUUCUAGCAUUGGAGAUCAAACUUUUGUCAGGUCAAAGGACGUGCAAGUGAAAAAUAAUAGUUUAAAGGAUACAAUGAGAAUUCAAGAUGUACAAACUUUAGUCACCGUUUGGUUAAACACCUUGAAAAGUAUAGUACCGCAAGAACAAAGUGAUUUGGCAGUGCUGACACUUUCGUGUGUCGGAUCCUAUAUUUCCUGGAUUGAUGUUCAAUUAAUUGUGAACCCAUUAUAUAUUACGGUAAUCUAUGGAUAUUUGGAUUUUGCUGAAACUAAAGUUGCCUGUUCCCAGUGCCUUUGUGAAGUUAUCUCCAAAAAGAUGAAACCUUUAGACAAACUAAGUCUAUUAGGUAUGUUAAGUUUGACCGAUAAAGUUACAUCUGUUGGUAAUGACGAACUGGAGGUGUAUGAACAAUUGGCAAAAUUAUCUUCAUCCAUGGGAUUUGAAUUGGCUAAAGUCAUUGAACAGUGUAAUGAAAAUGAUUCUACACCGGAAGUGCAACAGGUGGCCACAGCGGCAGAUAAUCAAAUCAUUGAACAGGUUGCACCAUUAGUGCUAAAAUUUAUGGAACACGAAUAUGAUUCAGUCACACAACAAUGUUUCCUCUUUGUGUCUCAAUAUUUAUCAGUUUUGAAGAAACAAUUUGCAUUAGGCGGUAAGCCCGGCUCUGCCAUUGCCGUCAACUCUAAAAGAUUACCAAUAGAUCCCCCACACGAGAUGUUUCUAACUUCUCUGUUAUUGGCUGGGUUUAAAAAGAUGAGAAUAGAUGAAUCUUGUGAUGAAGAUUCUGAAGAUGAGAUUGAUGAAUUUUUCGAUACAAUCAGAUCAAAACUAAAAGUAUUUCAAGAUAGUGUUGCCAUGAUUAAUCCAGCUCUUUAUUUACAAAAUAUUUCCAAUCACAUUCAGGAAUGCCUCUCUAAAGUCGAUUGGAGAGAUUUGGAAUUAGGUAUUUAUCAAAUGCAUAACCUAAGUGAAAGUAUACGUAACAAUCUUUUCGGCAUAGGUAAACAAGAAAUUGCAAAUUCAGAAGCUACCAUGGUAAUGACCAAAUUUAUGAGUGUCCUUUUACAAAAUUCCUCGGUUUUCCAAAUGGAAAGCCCCUACGUGCAAGUAUUAUUUUUCGAAUUGGUCGUUAGGCAUUAUCAAUUUUUGGGCUCAGAUGAAAAAGAUGAAUUAGCAUUAUUGAACAUUUUCUGUAGCCCAUUUGGAAUGUUCAACAAAAGAGAAAAAGUCAGAUUAAGAACCUGGUAUUUGUUCACUAGAUUGAUAAAGACAACAAGAUUAAAAUUAACCACACCUGUUUUAUCCCAAAUAUUGAUUAAAAUUUCGCCCCUUCUAGGUAUAAGAGCCAUCCCACCAAAUCCAGAUGGCACAGAUUACGAUACCACUUUUGACAAUCAAUUGUAUCUUUUUGAAGGUGUUGGAUUCCUUAUAGGUGGGAAUUCUGAUUGCAAUUAUGACAUUAUAGAUGAAAUUUUAUCACCUUUAUUUGCUGGAUUAGAAACGUGUAUCUCUUCGCAGCUCCAAUCCCCUGAUAUUGUCUUGCAAUCUCAUCAUCUGCUAAUGGCGAUUGGUACCUUGGCUAGAGGUGUUCAUGGUGGUUUGGUUCCUGAUAAUCAGGUUAACAAUGCACUCGUGAGUAAAAAAUUAAUACACAAAUCGUUAAUUGAAAAAUUCUCCAAUAUCGCAGAAGUGGUUUUAGUAUCUUUCUCGUAUUUCAAUAAACAUGAAAAUGUGAGAGAUGCCUCUAGAUUCACUUUUUCACGUUUGAUACCUAUUUUGAACAGUGAUAUAGUUUCAUUUGCAAGUAAACUGAUAGCGCUUUUCCUAGAAUCAGAACUUUCCACCGUCGAAAUGUGCGAUUUCCUUGGAUUUUUAGGCCAAAUGAUUCACAUGUUCCAUACUGAUAAUGGUUGUUACGAAUUGUUUGACAAUCUAUUAACCCCCGUUAUCGAUAAAGUUCAUGCGAUUAUAGAUCGGAUUGAUCAAGAGAGUGCAUUGGAAACAGAAUCUUGGUACAACGGUUCUACACCAGCAGUAACAAACCCAGAGGCAGCAGGUGGCACAAGAGACAAUAAUGGUAAGAAUGUUGUGGUAACAGAUUCAUUUAGAGACAAAAUCCAAUUGAAAAAAGCAUACUACGGUUUCUUACAGUCAUUUAUUUCAAAUUCCAUAACUUCAUUGUUACUUACAGACCGUAAUAGAGUUACCCUUUCCACCAUUUUAAUGGAUCUUUUAGUAUUCAUUCCACAGGAGAUUCAAGAAACUUCGACUAUAAAAUUGGCUCUUAACGUUUUAACUAAUUUUGUCAAGUGUUUUGGUUCUGGUAAAUGUACAGAUCCAAAUGACAUGCAUGCAUCUGAUAUUGGUUCAUUAGAAGGACUUAAUGAAUUUUUUAUCACAAAAAUUGUACCAUUAGUAUUUGAAAUUCCAUUUAAACCCGACUAUAAAUUUAACAUUAGAGAUGGAAGUUGUCGGGUAGUUGCAUGUGAUCUAUCUCGCCUAUUGAAAGAGCUAUACAUACAAUGUGGAGGCGGUACUGAUCCAAUGGCAAAUCCAUCUUUGAAAUACAUGGGCCAAGUUUAUUUCCCACAGAUUCAAUUUCCAUCGGAUAUGGGAUUAGAAUUAAUUCAAGCACUUGCCCUAGCAGAUAGCAAAGAUUUUGAAAAGUAUUACGUGAACUUAAUAAAUAAUCUGACAUGA